AUGGAAGCGGAGACAGGGUUAGAUGCAGAACUUAUAGAAAGACUAAACUCAAAGAACUGGAAAGAUAGGCAGGAGGCAUAUAGUAUACUUGGGUCUCUGUGGAGUGAAGGAAGGAUGCCCGAUCCUGAAGUAGUCGAGAAGCUUCAAAGCGAAGGCAAUAUUCCUGCGCUGGAGGCGGCCAUAGAUGCACUUUUAAAUGUGAAUGGGCUCAGAGCUAACGAUGUCAAAAAGAUAUUUGGGAAUAUUGGGAAUCAAAAGACAAGCAUCAGAACAAGGAUUGAUGCAUUGAUCGAGAGGUUGGAGGAUACUGAAGAAGUUUUAGAAGUUUUGAGUGAACUUCUGGGAUCUAAAUCGCCUAAAAAUGUGGCUGGAGCAUUGUCAGCUAUUUGCGGGAUUGUCAAAAAGAGAGGAUGCGAUCUGAAGGCUAUAGGAGGCAGAAUAGAAGAGAUAAUGAGUCAUACUGACAAAAAUGUUAGGGGCGAGGGGUUCAGGCUGUGUAUAGAACUUUACAAGAGAAAUGGAGAAUCUGUUCUGCCAUAUUUGAAUGGGCUGAAGCCUAUACAACAGAAGGAAUUGAUGGAGGAGUUCGAAAAAUGCAGUCCGGUUGUUGAAGAAGAGAGCAAGAAGGAACUUGAAUGUCUUCCAGAAGAUUUCCUUAGAGGUGCUUCGGACGAUAAUUGGAAGAUCCGAUUAGAGGCUAUGCGCAAUAUCAAAAGGGUUGCCAGAACCCUUGAAUACAACAAUGAAUUGAACGUUCUUUUAUGUAGGAGAAUAGGUGAUGUUAAUAAUCAGGUGUUCUAUGUGACUCUUGAGGUUAUAGAUGAAUUAAGGCCUAAGAGUAUGGAGAUUGUAAAAGGCCUUAUCGAGAGGCUCAAGGAGAAGAGAGGUACUACCUCCGAGAAGAUAAAGGAGGUCCUUUUUUCUCUUGGAGUUAAGAUAAGUGGAAGCAAUGCCGAUUUUUUGGGACAUAAGAAUCCCCAGGUAAGACUAAAUCUAUUGGAUUACUCGUUAAGAGAUUUGCAAAAUGACAAAGAGUUCAUUAAAAUGAUAGGAAAUUGCAUCCUCGAUCCUGUAGGAGAUGUCAGAAAUAAAGCAAUAGACGUGGCCACUGAAAUUUACAAGAGACAUGGAAAUGUGUUUGACGGCGUUGUUAGCCAGAAUGCUCUUACAAGGAUUAACAAGGUAGUAGGGAAAAUCUGUAAAAAAGAAGUGGCUCCUACCACACCUUCAAGUUUACAAGAAAAGGCCAUACCUGGGAGGAAAACAAAGCCAGAUGAUAUUGAUAUCAAAGAAAGAAAAGACUCAAAAGAGAAGAAGGCCAUUCCUCCAGCAUUUCAGAAAGAUUGUUCUAAGGAUGUAGAACAGCGGGCCAAGGAAGAUGAUAUUGGAAGCAAGAGAAAGCACUCUCAUACAAAUAUCGAUAUCCUUCUUAAUAAUGUUAGCAGACAGAGAGUUAAAGGAAACAUGUCUCGAGAGGAGGUCUUUACUCCUCAAUUUAUCCAAAUGAUGGAUAAUGGGCCAUUCCAUCAAGUUUAUGAUUUAUUCGACAGUAUAGACAAAACCAUUGUCAGCGACUUCCUUAUAGACUUUUUGAUUCAAUCAAAUGCUUCUGAAGCAUUUAUUAACUCCACGCUCUUAUCAUUUAUUUCAAACAAGUAUAUCCUGAAGGAGUUUGAAUGCAGAAAACUUGUGGAGUAUCUUCUAUCUAAUGAUAUGGUUGAAGAAUUGGGGAUGAUGGAUAGGGUCUAUCCUGUAACAAAGUUAUUCUUAGUUUACCAAAGGAUAGGCAGUAAAAAAUCUAAUGACGAAAUACUAAAACUAGUGAAGAAGUACAAAAUGUUUAGGGGAGACAAGAAGCAGUUUAUUGAGGGAAUCAAGAAAGGAGGGAAAGUGGAAGUUGAAGAAGUGAUAAAGGGAUGCCCAGACUUCUUAAGCUUUGUAGAUGAACUUGAAGGAAGCUUUAUGUCUAUAACAGAGGAUGAAUGUGAGAGCGCUAAAAUAGAAAAGGACUCUAGAGAGAGACUUGAUGUAUAUGCAUCGAAGAAAACAGAAGAUGUAGGAGGGUCUGUAGAUAGAGAGGAUAUGGAAGCAUCUUUUGUUCACAACGAUUCCUUUGUAAAUGGAGAUGCAGAUAUUGAGGCUUCUUUUGAUGCAUUAAGUAUACAUUCUGUCUCCGGGGUCUUUACACCAAAUUCAAAGAAGAUUAGAAAAGAAGUGGUACUCCCCGAAAGGCAAAAAAAAGAGAUAAGUGGGCUGGAGCUUAUUCUAGACCAUCUUAUUGACUCAAAUCCCGGGGUUAGUGAGGUUGCUUUCAAAAGACUUGUAAAUAUUAUAGACUCGGAGAUUGAGUCUCUUUUGUCUUUCUCAAACUCGAUUGUCAGUUCAAUUUCGAUUCAACUUUUUGACGUACUCUAUAAUCCGUCGUUCUCCGAAUUGAUUCUCCAAGUUUUUUUCAAACUCAGCCAAAGUGAGCUUUUCUGCGGUCAGCUGAGAAAGGAAACCUUGCUCAGUGCAAAUAUGGAUCUCAUAAAGAUAAUGAAGAAGCAGAAUGACAAAGUAAACAGCGGUAAGAUAUCUUCUGCAGAAACUUUAGUGCAAGACACUUCACUUAUAGGUGAGAUUCUAAUCAAUUUAUGCUUAAACUCCAAAGCCAGCCUCAUUUUGGAGGUAUAUUUGGAAAUGUUGAUUUCUUCCAAAGAGGAGAUCCUUCUAAAGCUUAUAUGGAGACACUCCAAAGCACUAAAGAUGGAUGAUAAAGAGGAAUUGUCAAAGGUUCUCGAUGUAUUAAUGCGUUUCUACGACAAUCAUUACAAUUCCAUUCUUUCCGAGGAUAAUGUCACUUUGAAGAUAUUACAGCUCCAUCUGAAAGAGAUGGUUAAGUUCUAUAGAAAAGAUAUAUACAAAUUUGGGAUACGAGGUCUUGCCAGGGUAUUUGUUGGAUCUAUGUUUGGAGGUACGGAAUCCAUCCACCAUCAUGAGAUUAAGAAGAUUGAUACCAGCUAG